AUGUACUCUCUCCGCCGGCUUCUAUCCCCCAACUACGCCAUCAUCCCCAUCAAUGAGACGGCCCUCCUAAAAGAGCCGUGGGCCCAGACUUGCGCUCUGCUUGUGUUUCCUGGAGGCGCUGAUCUUGGCUACUGUCGGGUCUUUAAUGGCGAGGGAAAUCGCCGCAUCAGCGAGUUUGUCCGGCGAGGAGGGGCAUAUCUCGGUCUCUGCGCCGGCGGGUAUUAUGGCAGCAGCAGAUGCGAAUUCGAAGUUGGUAACAAGGCAUUGGAAGUGAUUGGCAGCAGAGAGCUUGGUUUCUUCCCUGGAACGUGUCGUGGCGGGGCAUUCAAGGGAUUCGAAUACAAGAGCGAAAAGGGAGCGCGAGCUGCCACCAUCAAAGCGGAAAAGCAGUCCCUGAUAGACCAGGUACCUGGCGAAUUUGCCGUCUAUUAUAACGGAGGCGGUGUCUUUGUUGAUGCGAACCCAACAGGAGGACGCAAGAUUAAGGUUCUGGCCUCGUACAAGGACGAUUUGGACGUGGACGGUGGUGAUGAAAAGGCUGCAGUCGUUUUAUGCCACGUGGGAGAGGGCAAGGCAAUCUUGAGCGGGCCUCACCCGGAAUUUGCCCCAGCCAAUCUCAAUGCGCAGCCGGACAUCCCAGGUUAUAGCGAGCUGGUCGACAAACUUGCCGCGGACGACAACUCCAGAACGAGCUUUUUGAAGGCUCUUCUAUCAGAAUUGGGACUCGAAGUUGUCCAAGACGAUUAUACGCCCCCCUCGCUGUCCAGCCUCCAUCUUACUGCUCUCGAGAGCGGCAAGGUGACGGAGCUGCUGUGUGACUGGGGGGACGCUAUCGAAAAGGAGAAUGGCAACGAGUAUAUCCGCGGAGAGGCGGAUACUUUCCAGAUCAUAAAUCAAGAAGACGGGCUGAAUCUGGGCGAGCUUCAAAGCAGUUUGCCGCAAGCUGAGACGAUGGACGACCCAAGCUCGGUCAUCAAGAAGAUUAUCUCUCAUGAGGCGAAGUUACCUAGCGUUGAUCUAACGCCGCGUUUUGACCACGAACGUUUCUACUCGAGUCUGAAAAAGUACAGAAAGAUUGAAUCCAGCGCUGAUCAAUGGGGAGAUGUGUUGCUCUACGGAGAUGUCGUGACGAGCACCAACACUCUGCUUGAAAAGAACCCAAAGCUCAACUGCAAGCUACCAACAGGCUUCACUUUUACUGCUACGACCCAAAUCGCAGGCCGAGGACGUGGAAGCAACGUUUGGGUCGCGCCCCCUGGAUCUCUCUUAUUCUCCACCGUGAUCAACCACCCAGCUCACCUUGCCGCAUCACGGCCGAUAGUGUUCAUCCAGUAUAUUGCAGCCGUUGCCAUUGUUGAAGCUAUCCGCGCAUAUGAUACAGGCUAUGACAAGAUGCCAGUCAAGUUAAAGUGGCCCAACGAUAUAUAUGCCCUUGAUCCCACAAAACCAGCAUCCUCCCAGUCCUACGUCAAAAUCGGCGGCAUCCUCUCCCAGUGCAGCUACUUCAACGGCGCAUACCAAGUCGUCCUCGGCAUCGGCAUCAACGCCACCAAUCCCCGUCCGACAACCUCCCUCUCCGAUCUGCUCCCGCAAAACGUCGCGCCCUUCCACAUAGAGACCCUUCUCGCCCGCAUCCUCACCCGUCUGGAGGCCGUAUACGAGCAGUUCCGCCGCGAGGGCUUCUCCCAAGACCUCGAGACGCGGUACUACCGCCACUGGCUGCACACGGGCCAGGCCAUCACGCUGGAGGCCGAGGGCGGUGUCAAGGCGAGAGUCUUGGGCAUCACUCGCGACUGGGGGAUGCUGCGUGUUGAGGAGACGGAUUCUGAUGGAAGGGGGAACGGCAAGAUAUGGAGCCUCCAGAGUGAUGAGAAUAGCUUCGACUAUUGGAAGGGACUUGUCCGCAGGAAAACAUGA